AUGUCUCUGAAUUUAUUCCAGUUUGUAAAUCCAGGAGUGAUGGUUGGUCGAUUUAGUUUCAUUAGAGGUUGUGCUCCUAAANGUCUGGGUAGCGAGUUCGUUGCCAAAUCGAUAUUGCUCUGGGUUUGUCAGCUAGGAGUUUUCUAAGCUCUGGGGAUAGAUUGGAUGAUGGAUUGUUGCUUGGUAUCAUGGUUGAUGAAUCUUUGGCUGCAACUUGUAUAUCGGUGGUAAGCUUAUUUAUUGAACUAUCAAUGUUAGAAGGGGAUUUAAACUUAAUAUUAAGUAUUGUUUUUUUUGAAAGUAUGUCUCUGAAUUUAUUCCAGUUUGUAAAUCCAGGAGUGAUGGUUGGUCGAUUUGGUUUCAUUAGAGGUUGUGCUCCUAAAUGUAGUAGAACUGGAGUAUGGUCUGAUGCUGGGUCAUUAAGAUUUGUGGCGUUUGCUGUGAAACGAUUGGGUAAGUUGGUAAUGAAGAAGUCGAUUGUAUCUGGAUGACAGUUGUCAUGGGACGGCCAAUAAGUCGGAGAGGUUGGCAUGAUAGAAAUUUUAUAAAAAUAUUUUUAAACAGAAUUUUGGUGUUUCAUUUACUAAUGAUGAAUCAUAAGUUUCUAGAAUUUUUUAAAAUUUUUAGUGAUUUAAAUUAUUUUCAUUGUCACUACUAAAUGAGUUCUAUCAUUACAAAUUAGUCUAUAAAAAAAAUUGUAAAUAUUUGUAACACCAUAAUUAUGUUUCAAAAUCACUGUCUUGGUUUUUAAAAAACAAUUUUUUAUUCUUAAUGUUAAAAUAUAUAAAAUAAAUUAAUCAUAGCUUAGUUAGUUAGCAAAAAAAAAAAAAAUAAUAAUAAUAAACAUAUUAAACCAAACUAAAGUUAUUGCAUUUGCCAAAUCUUUGUGGAACACCUUGUAUAAUUGGUUUUGGAGUUACUAUUACAGUUCGCAUAUAAAAGAACCAAUUGCUCAUAUAUUAUAUUAUUUUUUUCUAAGUGUGAUUUUAAAUAUUCAGUAUAGGUACAAAAUAUUUGUCUUAUACAGUAAUAUCUAAUUCCAGCUCUCUGUCAUUUUGUGAUUGGUGAGGUAUAUUUAUGCAUACCAGUAAUUUAACAGAAAUAAAUAUAAUGAAAUAGCAAUAUUAUACAAAAUUAUUGUGUGGUCUGAAAAAAUUUUAAUUAUGCAAUUUUUUCACAUUAAGACUGAGUAUUUGGUUUUUAUAUUGUAUUGAUCAUAACAGUUGCAACUUACACUAAUAAAUCUGGAUAGAUCAAUGGGUACAGUUUGAGAAAGACAGAGAUCACUAGCUAUCAUAUAAAUAACUAUAAUAAUUGCAUUACUUGCUGAUCUGUUCUACAGUUAUUUUUCAUUAUCUUCUCUGGUUAUCUAUAAAAUAAGAUCUUAAAUGUUUAAUUAUUCAAAUACAAAACUGAUGCUUUUCAUUGAAAAAAAUAAUAAUUUUUUAUUGGCUAAUUUUGAGAAUGUUUUGGGGAGUAUAGAAAUUUUAGAUUUUGGAGAUAAAAUAAACAAAAUAUUUCUUCUAAAAUAAUGCAGAAACUCCAUCAAGACCAAUAGAUAUAUUUAAGUUAAAAACCUCUAAUAAAUUAAUAUUUACAGUAUGUCAUGAAAGAAAAGAGUUAUUUAGAUAUUUAAUAUGUAAAUGUUUUUACUAAUGUGGUUUAUGGACAUUUUAAAAAUAAAGCUUACAUAAAUUUACAAUAUCAUAACUAGUAUUAAACUCUUUAUCAUAGUAUAAAAUGAAUGCAAGUAUAGUCUGUAUUAAAUAAGAGUACACAAAUUUUCGUGCAGUCUUUAAUUGGUACAGAUGAUAAAUAUGAUAAUGAUUUUGAAAUUUAUAAAACUUCCAAAAAUAUUUGGGAUAGACAUUAACAGAACACAAGAUGUUAUUAAUAUAAACGUUAUAAUCACGACAUCUUAUGUAUUAUUACAUUUAUUAUAAAGAAAAUACAAUUUUGAAUAAAAUUUGGUGUUAUUUAAAUUUAAAAAAAAAAAAAAUUACCAUUUUGUUUUUGUUUGAUUAAUAAUCUAAUCUUAGCUCAUUAUUGAGCCAUAAAAGGAGGUUUAAUUUAUUUCUACAAAUUUUAUAUUUUACUCGGAAAAUGUGAUUUUGAGAUUAUUGAAUUUAAUUACCUAUUUAAAAAAAAAAAUUAUGCAUCAUGUAAAACCAUUUUCACUCUUAUCGAAUAAUUAUUUUUUUCAUAAAAUCAUAUAUUAUUAUAUUAGGUAAUUUAAGAAAAAAAUCUAAUUCCAUUUGUUUGACAGCAUAGGAAAAUUGUCCUCUCCAUUACUUGAAAUAAAAUAUAAUUGUUAAAUUUAUUAAUUUUACCACCAUAUUUGUAAAUUUUUAAUUCGUUUUGACGUUUUUUGAGAUUCUCCUGAAAAGUUAAAACUUUCAAUUUACGACCUUUACGAAUUAGAUUGCCAAUAUUUAUUGAAUGAUAAAUGUGAGAAGAGAAAAUAUUAAUAUUAUUAUUGAUAUCAGAAUUAAAAAGACAACCAAUUAAUAGAACCUAAAUAGUUAAUAAUAGAUAUAUAGUGACUAAAUUUCCAAAUAAAAAACAGAUUUUAAAUGUACAAAAGAUUUAUAAAUUUAUGAUACAUCAACUAAAGGACAAAUGAAAUUGACAGGAAUUUUACACAUACUUUUUGUAACAUUAACAGAUAAAGAGUUUGAUAAAAUAUAAUCCAGAAGAACAUUAUUUUUAUUAGACAUAAUUAUAUGAAAAAUCAAAAUAUGAAUUAAAUGUGAAAAAGUAGAUGAUGGGGUAAAUGAAAAUUGCCUAAUAAUAUAAAAUCUGUGUUUAGAUAUUUAUUAUAGAUUACUUUGACAAAAUCAAAAUACAUAUUCUGUGAAAACCAUUUCAUAAUAGUGAUUAAGAAUAUAAAUGAAACUUAUAAUAAGACUAAUUUGAGGUAAUCUAAUCAGAAUGCAAUUGUAAUGCAAUUAAAACUGCAUUACAAUUGUUAUUUAUCAGUAUAGGUUUAGAUAAGAUAGUAUUAUGUAAAGCAAUAAGAACACCAUCACCUUUAAAAAGUGUACUUGCUUCAAAUGUUUAUCAUACCUGUAAACAUUAUAUCUAUGAAAACCUAGUUCGGAUGAUUCAAUAUUGUUUGAUAACCAUAGUUCUGUAAAAACAACUAUAUUAUGUAAAGAAUUUGAAAUUUGAGUUCUUAAAUUAUUAAUUUUAUUAUUUAAUCUAUGUAGAUAAGUACCUACAUAUUAUACGUACCAGUUCAUAAAUACAUAUUAGUCUUCUUUUCACUCAAAGUUAUGACUUGUUGCUGCAAAUCUGAAUUUUCACUGGUCUGUUCCAUAGAUCACCACAGAGGCAUACUGGAUGUCCAUCACUUCGCCUAUAAAUAACUUCUACAAUCAUAAUAUUCCUUACAUUUAUUUAAUACAUAUUAAGUUAUGUAGUUUAUUUAAAUUGUUCAACUUUUCCUACCUUGAAUUCCUAAUAUAUAUUCAUAUAUUAUUAUAAUAUAGUUUGUAUAAUAAUUGUGGUUAUUAAAUAUUUAUACUUGAACAUCUCAUUAUACUAAUGGUAUUUCCAACUGUAAGAAUUUGAAUUCAUCAUAGGGUUAUUCUAAAAAAUAUUUAUAUUGAAAUUAUAUUCGAUAUAUUCAUUUUCAUAAGUUAAUAGUAUUACGUGCAUUGUCAUUAGUUUAUACCAAUAUUUUUCAAUAUCUUGCUUCGAUUACGAUUUCCUCUAUAACCUCUACAGAUUUCAGAUUUUUCAAUAAUUUGGGCCACAUAUUUUAAACAAUGUCAUUAAGUUAGCAAUAUUAUUGUUUGAAAAAAAACAGAGUGUCAAAUUCGAAUUGUAUUAGCGCAGUAUCACAGUAUCAAAAUUAUUUUAGAUUCUUAAUCAAGGUACAAAAAUGUAGCAUUCCCUAUAGACAGUUACAGUGAACAUAUAAAAAAAUUGUACGUACCCACAUUGGUUUUUGCAUUUAUUAUUUGACAAAAAUUAGGUAUUUUUAUUGAGGUAUAGUUCCACUAGUUCCAAACAAAUUUUUAUCAAACGAUACGAGUAAACUUGUUUCUUAUCAGGUAAGACGAUUAGGCGAGUUUCUCAUCAGUAAAUAUCAAUUUAAAAAUAAACGUUUGUUUUAAAGUUUGACUAUUUAAGUUCAAUAAAAUGUUCUGUUUCUAUUAUGGUUUAAAAUAAGCUGUUUGUUUUAUAAUUACAAGUAUAAAGUCCGAUAGCUUACGACCAAAGCAUCCACUUACAAGUUUGAAACCUUGAUUGAUGUAGUAGUAUAAUGCCAACAGUGAUUUAAAAGUAAUAACAACGAGUUAUGACUUGUUACUAAUAUAUUAUAUCACUCAAAUAAUGAAAUCAAAUCAGCAUUAAUUAGUAUUUAUACAGAUAUCAUGACAAAAUGUUACGUGUGUGAAGUUAGGGGACCAAAGCUAGGAGAUUGUUUUGAUAAGAAACAAUGAAAUAGCGUUGUUGUUGCCUAUACCACAGAAAUUAAAGAAGUGAUAAUCUACAAAGCAAAAGCAAUGAAUAUUAUUACAUUUAAACACUAGAUGGCAUAAGUGUGCUUUGUUCGUGUGUUAGUAAUAGUUAAACUCAGCUAUUCUAAUAAAACAAGUUUGAUUAUCUGCGUAUUACAAUUACAUAAUAUGCUAUAAAAAAAACUAGUCAUAUGUGUACAUCUCUGUGCUAUAAGCGAUCGACUGCCGCCGGAGAAUACUGGGAAACAUAUUCCUAAAAUAGUUGGUAACAUGUUUAUAUUAAACCCUGAAGCUGCUUACACACGGAGUGAUUCAACCGCCAGCGGUCGUGGUCGGGCGGUUUGAAUAGAUAAGAAACCGCUACCACUGGUGGCUUACACACAGAACUGUUUUCCUUGAUAAGACUGCCUUGUAGUUUUUUAUUUAUUUUAGAAAUAAAUAGAGUUUCUGUCUUUUUAUUUUUUUCGGUGCCCAUAUAAUUUAUAUAUUAUAUACAUUGGUAUAAUAUACAGUUUAUGUUAAGAACAUAAAAUGAACGGGAUUAUAGAUGAUGUUAAAACCAUAGCUAUGGCAUAUGCGCUGCAUAAACGCCACUAAUUAAAAAAAAUAAUAUCUUUUACAAUUGUAAAUUUUAUGGCACUACGAGCAUACCCUGGAGAUUUUAUAAAGUAGUUUGUUCGUAGGUACUUGUAAAUAAUCAAAUUGUGUUUCAGUAAAAUAAAAUAUUAAAUAAAAUAGCGUAUCAAUAAUCGUGCCAGUGAUAGACAGAAACAAAAAUGCAGAACUACCGCGGUCAGAACGCUACGUGCGUACGGGCCUAUUGGGAAUACACAGUCUAUUCUUAACUAGCGGUCGCAGUCGACGGCUUGAAAAUCAAACACGAGCGGCGACAGUCUAUCGACCGCUGUCGUAUGAAUGAUAACAUUUAAUCAAAUGUGUUUAAUUUUCGGGCGAUCUACAGCGACUGCGACCACUGGUGGUAGAACCGCUCCGUGUGUAAGCAGCUUUAUCAUUAUAGUAUUUCUGCGACUCUGAUAUCUGUCGUAAUGUCGUAACUCGUAAGCUAUAAUUUCGAAACUAAUUUAGUCCAUUCAAUUCCGACUUAAUCUUAAAUCGGCAAUAUACAGAUGUUUGAAACAAAACAAAUUGAAAAAUUUGCAUGAACCAGUAAUAAAUUAACAGAUUAUUGUCACAAUAAUAAUAAUAAUAAUGUGCUAUGGAUAGUAUUGUCCAAAAUUGCUGUGGUAAUUUUAACUCUGGUUGCGUUCCACUUGGACGCUUCAAGCACUUUAGCACUUUCGGUGCGUUCCAUUUGGCACAUUAAAGCGUUCACGCUACAAUCGUGACGUUACCGAAUCCAAGCUCUACAACAUCGUUCCACGCUCAUAAACGCUCGAACGAAAUAGAUAGUGCAGCUUAAGCGUUUAUGAUAUCUUAUCAGUUUAUCACGCAGUGACAGCAGCUAAUCAAUUUAUUAUAUAAAUUUACAAGUUUUACUAAUGUGAGCAAAACAUCUGAUUGAUUAAUGUAUAAUUUAAUUAUUUCAAUACAAUAUUCAUAUUUUAAAAUGAUAUAUCGACAUGUCUGUGACACUUAUGAAUGUAAAUAUAAUGACACAGCAUUGUUGCACACUCAUAAUAAUUAACCCUUCGUUCAUUCGAAUUAUUAUUUAUGUUACAAAACGUUGGCAAAUUAAUAAUUGAAAAAAGUAUUCACGAAAACAAACAAAAUUUGUGUACCAUGUUAUUAAUUUCAUUUUUAAUAACAAUAAACACAGUCUAAGCGCUCAUGAAAACUCGAAAAUUAGUUCGAAAACUCAACUCGAAUUAACUCUGAGUAAAGUAGUUAAGAGCAGUAAAGAGUAGUUCUUUUUUUUUCUUUAAUUUUUUUUAUUUGUUUUGUUUUUAUAUUAAUGAUAAUCAUUAAUGUUUAACAUUAUAAAAUAAUAAAAUACAAAACUUUUACUUAGGUCUUUUACUAAUAUCGAACACUUUUUCGUAACUUUAUUCAUAUUUAAUAUCUAAUUUAAUAUUAUUCCAAACAGAAAAUAAAAAACAAAGAAAUUACAUAGGAGAUAAUAAGUUCAUAGGAUAGUGUAUGAUAGAAUAAAAUAAUCAUUAUGUUUUUGUUUACAAAUUGCUAAUAUAAUUGAUUCAGUUUAUUUUAUAUUAAAAUAUUAUUUUAUAGAAGCAUCCGUCAUUUGAUUUUAGCGGGAACAUCCUUUUGAUAAGUACCAAUCUAUUAAUGCCUUUCAUAACAGUUUAUCAAAAUGUACGGUUAAUAAUUAAUUAAUCCUAGUGGUGACACUAAGUAACUUAACGACAUCCAUUUUAAUUUUGUCUUGGAAAAAAAAAGUAAAAUAUGUGUGAUAACAGUCGAACUGGGAUCACCAUGUAUUAUAAGCGCCUUGGACUGCUGUAAAUUCACAUUUUGUAUUUUCGUUUUCAGCGUCUACCUAUAUUCAUGAUUUUUAAUUGACUAGACACCCGAACUAAUGAAAUUUUAAGUUACAAAAUUGUCGCCGGGAAUUUAGAAUUGUGGAAUUGGGUGUAAUAAGUUUAUUAAUUUACAUUCUAAAAUAUGUAAUAAUAAAUAUUCACAUAAUACCUAUACAAUUACAGUAAACAUACUAAAUAUCCUGAAGGAAUUGAAAAUAAUUAAGAGUGGGUAAGGUUAAGUUAGGUUUAUGAGUCAAAUCUUUAAAUUGUUCGACUUUUAUUUAUAUAUAAUGCAUAUUACAAAUUAAUUUAGAUUCACAUUAAAUAUUUAAAUAGACUUAAGUCCUAAUUCGUAGUAUAAUAAUAAUAUACAGUCUAAGAUUAAUUCUUCGAGAAACACGUGCACAAUAGUACGACAUUAUGUUUCAAAUCAGUAUAUAAAUGGAUAAAACUACAUAGGUACUAAGUAGAAUUCUUAAAAAAACUCACAAACAUAGUUUUGGGGCUUUACAACCCCCAAAUCUUCCACAUCUAGUUAUGCCCCUGAAACUAAUACUCAAAAUAAAAAUAAUUAAUUUUUAUUCUAAUAGUAUAAUAUUGAAAAAUACAACUAAAAAUAACUUAACAUAGAUAAGUACCUACUAUUUUAAUGAAUACAUUAAUAUGUAACAAGUAUUAUUAAAUACUUUAUGAACAGUUUGCAAUUUUAUUUCCAAUUAUCAGAAUGUAUGUUUUUCCCCUAAUAGUUUGAAAAAUUAUCGACAAGAAGUAGAGUUUGAUAAGAUAAUUCAGCCAGUAACCAGUGAAAUUUCAUUCAUGACUUAGUGAGUGUAUUUAUUUUAAUGUUAAUAAGGGCACACAUUAAUAAUAAUCCAUUAUUUACAUGCUAUUAUAAUUUCAUAAUAUUAUCAACAUGUAUAUAUAACUAAAAUUUAACGAUAAACACAAAAUUCUGUCCCAAUUUAUACAGAUUUCGGACUGUCAGAUUAACAUUAACAUAAAUCUUUGGAAGUAGAUUAAUAGAAUGUUAUUAUCUGGUGUUGUUAAAAAUUGUGUUUCUAGCUAAUAAACACAUAAUGGCUAACUGAAUCUUAUUUUGAUUUUUAUUACAAACCAUUUACUGCACUAUGCCUAUUUGUUUAUUAAUUUAAAUUAUAUUAUUUUCAAUCAUUAGCAAAUGUUCAGUGAAAUUUUCAAUUUAUUGUUGAUCAACAUUCAAUAGUUUAGUAAUUAUUAAUUAUUAUCAUCCAAAUUCAUAGUGCAAUAUUGUGGUCAUUAGAUUAUUACUUUAUAUAGUCUAUACACUGUCUCGAUGUACUGUCGAUUCUCACUCGCUCUUGAACCAUUCCUCCGGCGAAUUCGAUUAAUCUUGAGCGCAUUACGAGGUAAACGGGUAAUCCUAUGCCUUGACUCAAACGCAAAGUCGGCCUUGUGGGGUGCCACAGCCACAUACAAACGGAAUCACGACCUCGAAGACUUGUUGAUCGAGGUCGGCCUGUACGUCACGAACCAUCUGGAUUUUCCAGUCGAGGUCGUCCCACUCGGGGUCUAGUCAUAUCGACGUCACGCUCACGACCCAUCCGCGAGAAAUCGAGGAUUGGGCCGUGUGUAGGGGGGAAGAUUAUUACGAUCACCGAGUGAUCACCCUGUCAUGGGGUGUUCAUGGAACGCGCGGCCGUACUAGCCGAUAUGUUGAGGCGUUGGAAAAACUCGUGAGUGAGUGGCUCCGAGAUCACCUUGCCAGUCAUUCCCCCUUGUCGGUCAGGCAAUUUGGCUUUAUGCCUAAGCGGCAUAAAGUGGAAGAUGCGAUAAACGCACUGCUCGCUACGGUACGUGAUUUGACUACCAAGUACGUUGCCGUCGUGUUCCUCGAUAUUCGGGGGGGUCUUCGAUAACGCUUGGUGGCCGUCCGUCCUAGCAACAUUGCUUCGACGUAAUACCCCGCCAGACCUAUACAAUUUCGUUAAAGACUUUUUAUCGGGUCACCGCGCGGUGAUCCGGCAUAAGUCGAUCGAAGUCGAGAAGGAAAUCUCGAAAGGAUGUCCCCAGGGGUCGGUGCUUGUACUGAUCUUAUGGAACCUCAUUUUCGAUGAGAACUGCAGUUAAAAACUUUAUGUCUUCAAAGCUGUUCCCGGAGGCGAGGUAACGUAGGGUUAUAGAUAAACGUUGACUUACAGACACAGCAUCUCGCAUAAUAAUAUUCUUUUUCUCGAUUUAUGAGGUAACCAAAGCGAGGAGUUCAUCGAACAAUUCACCAUUUAUGCGCAGAAAAUUUCGAAAAUCAUUUGGCUCACAUAUUCUCAGUUCAUUAAGUAAUAUUUCAUGAGUAUACUUUUAUCGGUCUAAAAACCAUUGUUUGGCCCAUUUCCUUGUUUUCUUUUGUUUCUCCUUCUUUUUAACACUUUUUUAAUACUUUCGCCCACGGCGAUCAAAACGUAGCAAAGUUCAACGUCACUCAACAUGUUCAAUAGGUAUACGAAAUAUUAGCAAGUACCUUACUAACCUAACUAACCUUAGCUAACAAUAUCUUGCCAAGCAUAUUGAACGUCUAUGCCCCGUUUGCACAAUAGAUUGUACAACCAUCAAUAUUACCUCUACACGGCUCAAUUUAAUUGUACAAACUCCAUGGUUGUGCAAUAAUAUUGUGCAUCUAUGGGCAGCCUCCAAUAUAUUGUACAAUAUAUAUUGCACAAUAAUAUUGCACGUCUAUGGGCCGCUUAACGGCCUUGACACUUGUCAUGACAAAAACAUGUUUUAAAUAGCUUGUACCCCCUUUUACAUAAAUUUGAAAUAAUUCAGUUUUAUUUACAAUUGUUUAAAAAUUGUACUAUAAUAUAUAUCAGUAGUACAAUAAUAAGUUGAAAUUAUUUUUUGACAUCAUUUUUUUUUAAUCCAUAAAUUGUGAUUACUGUUGAAACCCAACCACAAGAUGUACAUUUUAUUCUUGUUUCUUUUCAAAAUACGUUCGAUAAGAAAGGUGUACGGGAAAUUUGUUUUUAUAAUUUCAUGUUUAUAAAUACACCCUAAAAUUGUAUUAUUUAAACUGUCUUUUAGUUGUAAUUGGAUUUGUAAUUAAAAUUAUUGUAAACACUUCUGUUGUCUAAUGCAGUAUAUACCCUUAACUGAUGCAUGCUUACAUUUAAAUAUUCUAACUUUGUCAUAUUCUUUAAAUUUAGGUUUUCUUAUUUUCAUAUUGUUUAACUUAAAUAGUACUUUAUGUUUUUUUCUAGCUCCGAAUGACGUAUAUUUAAUCGUAAAAUGUAUAGUAUUAUUGUAUUUAGUUAUAAGUUUUGUUAUUAAAUUGUACCAAUCAGCUGAAUGUGUACUUUCAUGACUAAAUUUUCUUUUUUUAGUAAAAUUAAGCGAUUCGUAGAUUUGUAUUCGUUCGUAAAGAGGUUUAACAAUAGAUUUCCAUUUAAAACUGUUACUGAUUUAGGUUUAUUAGUUUUGUUAAUAUGAACUAGUUUGAGAUAAGAUUCCUAAAUAAUUUUCGUUAUCCGACUUUGUAACUCCUUUUGGUGUUUUUGAUAUAAUAAAAACCAAAAACCGAUUUAUGGUUAUCUACCACUAUUACAGAAUUACCUAUAAAUCUACUGGAUAUUCUCCUAUUUACAAUUUUUUAUAAUAUAAACCAUAUGUUUUAUCGUAUAUCCUAUUUUCUGAAAGGAUGUCUUUUUAUUUUUUGUAAGUAUAUUUUGGUAAACAUGUUUCAAUAGAUAUUUAAACUGAUGAUUUUUAAAUAUUUAUUUUUUAUUUAAAUAGGUUUUACACUGUUUAUUCAACCUACAGUUAUAUACUUAUUUUAAAACUUACCUACUUUAUUUUCUUAUAUUCUUAAAUAAUUUAUUUUCACGUUUGUCUUCAAAGAUAAAUCAGUGCUACCUGUUUGAUACAAAAUAAUAAAUCAUAAUUAUAAACUCAAAAUAAAUUAUCCCAUUCAAUAAAGUUUUACUAAAAAUUUUUUACAAUAAGACUCAUUUUUUUUUAAGAGCUAUAUUAAUUCAAAUUUAAUGUUUGAGGUAUUAAAAUAUUAUUAUAAAUUAGUAGACAUCUUGUAUACUCAAUUUACGAAAUGUUUUAAAUAUGUAAUAAAAAAUACAUACUUUAAUCUAAUUACUUUUAUUUAUUUAUUAAUUUGAUAGUUAAUACAAUUGUGUAAAUUUUUAAAUAUUGUUUUACAUUUUUUUAAAAAAAUAUUAUGCAAGUUAAUAAAAACUUAUUAACACAAAAAUUAUAUUAAAUAACACGGUUAAAUUCCAAAGAUGAACAAAUUAAUGUUUUUUAUUUUAAUUAGAUGAAACUAAAAUAAACUAAAAAUUAUUACCAAAAUUGAAAAUUUAAAGUUAAUUUAUAUUUUAAAAUCUAUAACUUUUUUAAGUGAUAAUAUGAAUAAUAUUGUUCCAAUAAUUAUUGAAAAUUAAUUUCUUCUAUUUCGGUGCCGCCGAUACAUUGCUCAUGCUUGAGCUGCUUGUAAUUUAGCUGCUGUACCUAUCUGUGACCACCUCUAAACUUGUUUUCUACAGUAUGAUAGCAGGUCUUACAGUAUAUGUUUCUGCCUCUUCCGUUGUAUCUUCUGUUGUAAUGAUUAUAUGGUUGCGUCAUUUCAUUUCUUUGUUGUGGUUCUUGUUGCUGCACUUGGUAGCGCUGGUUUUUAUGUUGUGGAUAUUGUGUUUUUCCUGUGUUCUGCUGCUUAUAACUUAGUGGUUGUAGCUGCUUCUGCUGCUGUUCUUGUUGCCUUUGAUUUUGUUGCUGCAACUUCUGUGAUUGUUGCAAAAGCUGCUGCUGCUGCUGAUGUUGCAAAAGCUGCUUUUGCUGCUGUUGCAGGUGUUGCAGAACCUGCUGCUGCUGUUGCAAAACCUGUUGCUGCUGCUGCUGUUGCAAAACCUGUUGCUGCUGCUGCUGUUGCAAAACCUGUUGCUGCUGCUGCUGUGGCUGUUGCAAAACCGGCUGCUGUUGCUGCAGUUGUAAAACCUGAUGCUGCUGCAGAACCUGCUGCUGCUGCUGUUGUUGACGCGGUUGUUGCGGAAGCUGCUGUUGCUGCUGCAGUUGUUGAAGCUGUUGCUGCUGCAGUUGUUGAAGCUGUUGCUGCUGCAGUUGUUGAAGCUGUUGCUGCUGCAUCUGCUGCAUUUGCUGCAUUUGCUGUUCUAAUGGAUAAAGCAUUACAACAUUUAAUGGCUGUUGUUGUAGUUGUUGUGGUUGUUGUUGUAAAUUAAAUAGCGGUCGUUGUGGAUAUAUGUGUUGUUGUUCCUGCCCCUGUGGAUUUAUUUGUAACUGUGGACGUAACUGCAAUUGUUGAGAUGACGGCCACUGUAGAACUGGCUGAAACUGUAAACGUGGCUGCAAAUGUACUCGUUGCUGCCACGGUUGUUGUAAUGAAUACGGCAACGUGA